AUGGAGGAACGUGGGUCUCCUGACGGAGACCCAGCACGGAGCCUGGAGCAGGGGCCAGAAGGACCAGAAACCCCCAUUCAAGUGGUGCUCAGGGUGCGUCCCAUGAGCACGGCAGAGCUGCGUAGAGGGGAGCAGAGUGCUCUGCACUGCUCAGGGACCCGGACUCUGCAGGUGAGCCCCCCAGGUGGCGGCCCCGACGUGGCGUUCCGCUUUGGCGCGGUACUGGACGGGGCGCGCACGCAGGAGGACGUGUUCAGGGCGUGUGGCGUGAAGCGCCUGGGCGAGCUGGCCCUGCGCGGUUUCUCCUGCACGGUCUUCACUUUUGGCCAGACGGGCUCCGGGAAGACUUACACUCUGACAGGACCUCCUCCGCAGGGAGAAGGGGUGUCCGUACCCCCUAGCCUGGUUGGCAUUAUGCAGAGGACCUUCGCCUGGCUAUUAGAUCGCGUGCAGCACCUGGGUGUCCCUGUCACCCUCCGAGCCUCCUACCUAGAGAUCUACAAUGAACAGGUUCGGGACUUGCUGAGCCGGGGGUCUCCGCGGCCUCUGCCUGUUAGGUGGAAUAAGGCUCGGGGCUUCUAUGUGGAGCAGCUUCGGAUGGUGGAGUUUGCUAGUCUGGAGGCCCUGAUGGAGCUCCUGCAGAUGGGCCUUAAACGCCGUCAGAGCUCCUCACAUACCUUGAACCAGGCCUCCAGCAGAAGCCAUGCCCUGUUCACGCUCUACGUCAGCCGCCCAACUACUCAGCAGGUACCUGCUGUGGAUGCUGGGGAGUCUCCUGUCGGGGGAAAGCUGUGCUUCGUGGACCUGGCAGGCAGUGAGAAGGUGGCGACAACAGGAUCCCGAGGGCAGCUGAUGCUCGAGGCCAAUAGCAUUAACCGCAGCCUCCUGGCAUUGGGCCACUGCAUCUCUCUGCUGUUGGACCCACAGAGGAGGCAGAGCCACAUUCCCUUCCGAGACAGCAAGCUCACCAAGUUGCUGGCAGACUCACUUGGGGGCCGUGGGGUCACCCUCAUGGUUGCCUGCGUGUCCCCUUCAGCCCAGUGCCUUCCUGAGACUCUCAGCACUCUGCGAUAUGCAAGCCGAGCUCAGAGGGUCACCACCCGACCGCAGGGUCCCAAGUCCCCUGGAGUAAAGCCACCCCAGCCAGUAGAGGCUGAGCUGUUGCAGCUCAAAGAGGAGAAUCGCCACUUGCGCUUCCAGCUGGAUCAAAUACAGACCAAGGCACCAGGGAUCCAUGGGGCCCGGGGGGCCUGGGCCCAGCAGAACCUCUAUGGGAUGCUGCAGGAGUUUAUGCUGGAGAAUGAGAGGCUUAGGAAGGAAAUGAGGCAGCUGCAGAGCAGCCGGGACCUGGCCCGGGCAGAGCAGCACGUCCUGGCCCAGCAGGUCCAUGAACUGGAGAGGCACCUCCUUUCUGCUUGUUCCCUUCCCCAGCAGGGCUCUGCCCCCAUGUGCCCCGGCUCGAUGGGCCCAGCUGCCUCCUGCCAUGCACUGCCACCCCUCUGCUCCUGCUGUCACCCCUGCCCUCUGUGCCGAGUAGCCCUGGCCCACUGGGCCUGCCCACGGAGAGAGUGCCAUGUGCCACAGCAGGUGCUAGAGCCCGAGGCCCCAGGUCACAUGUCUCUGUCUGCUCGGCUCCCAUCCUGGGCACCUGCACCAAGCCCUGGCUCUUCCAAGCCCCCACGAGAGAGGAGCCACAGUGACUGGACACAGACCCCAGUCCUGGCAGAGAUGCUGACAGGAGAGGGGGUGGUACCCUCUGCACCACCCAUGCCCACCAGGUCCUCGAACAUGCCACCAUACCUGAGAGGAGGAUCUGGGAUCCUGAACCUGACCCAGAGGCCGGAGGCCCUCACACACUAGAUCAACAGCUCUCUGAACCUCCACGGGAGUCAGCCACAGCCCAGCGAGAGGCCGAAGAGCCCUGGCCAAGGCCUCUCUUCUCUUUAAACACUGCCAGACUGGCUCUGCCCACUGGGCCUGCAUCUCUGUCUGUUAGUGGGAAAGCAAUGUUGCUGGGUAGAGCUGGGGGAUUGUAAGGUAGUACAACCCCCCCACCAGGCCUUGAAUCUGAGACUGGGUUCAAGAGACACUGGAGUGGGUGUUAGUGUCUGAAUAAUGGGGCUGGAGAGAUGGCUCGGCGGUUAAGAGCACUGGCUGCUCUUCCAGAGGUCCUGAGUUCAAUUCCCAGCACCCACAUGGUGGCUCACUGCCAUCUGUAAUGAGAUCUGGUGCCCUCUUCUGGC